AUGACCUCCGAUCUGGACGACAACGACAGCCGCAGAAUUAAGAAUGAGCCGAUUAACAGACAAACUUCAAAUCACACUAGAAGUGUUGGCGCUGACACCACGUAUCAAGACAACCAGGUCACCGUUACCCAACUAUACGAAAAGUACCGGGAUUUGGAGACAAUCAUGGACACGAAUAUAUCAAAUCUCAGAGGAGAGAUAAAAUCCCUGAAGUUUGAACACUCCCAUUGCGCAAUCAAUGCGAAGGUAGUGAACAACUUGAGAGAACAGGUAGAUCAAUUGUCGGUCGAAGGCGCAACCAACGAAAUCCUCAUGGAGAACUGCAAGCUUCGUAAAAUGGUUUCAGAGCUCCAGGAUAAGGAUAGAGACCAAAAGAAAGAGAUUAGCAAACUCACUGAGGAGAAUCGAGAUUUGCAAAAAGUCAUGGAUGAGCAGCGCAUCGAGAUCGACCAUCUUGAGAAGGAACUUGAUGAUGUUAAAGACGAGAACUUUGGUUUGUCGCACGUUCAGGAUGACAUGGUCCGUAGAUUUCAAGGUCUUUUGAAGGAGAAUGAUAGAUUGGAAAAGGAUCUCAACGAGGAGAGAAGGAAACCGCAAACCUUUCAGAACACACACCCUUCUGAAUCUCAUAUGUACAAGAGCGAAAUAGCAACGUUGAAGAGGCUUUUGACUGAGAAGGAGUCCAAAUUGGCAUUCUUGGAGGCCAUUGUUGGGGACGAGCUACAGGAUUGGGUCGGAUAG